AUGGAUGCAAGUGCGUGCGCGUGCGGGGCCACCAACCCUCGAUUUUUCUCGUCAACCUCACUCAACCUGCGAGCGAGCGACGGCGUCACCUCACCACGGGCCAUUUGGAAACGCAAAAUCGCCGCCGCCGCCGACGACGACGCAGCACCGAGAACCAUGGCCGGCGCCGAAGCCCAGAUGCCGUUCAUCAGGAACCUCGCUUCGAGCGACCGCAAGCUGCGGACGCAAUCGCUCGCCGCGCUGCAGACGUACCUGUCGACGCGGACGGGCCUGGCGGCCACCGAGGCGCGCAAGCUCUGGACGGGCCUCUACUACGCGCUGUGGAUGACGGACGGGCCGCGGCCGCAGCAGGCGCUCGCGUCGGACCUGGCCCGCCUGCCGCUGGACGCGCCGGGCGCGUGCGCCGUGCCCCUCGCCACGGGCUUCUGGGACGUCAUGUCGCGGCAGUGGGCGUCCAUCGACGCCCUCCGCAUGGACAAGUUCCUGCUGCUGGUGCGGCGCGCGUUCGCCGCGCAGGUGCGCUUCGCCAGGCGCGAGGGCUGGUUCGGCCCGCGCGUCGAGCAGAUGCUGGAGCUGUGGAGGCGCCGGGCCUUUGAUGCCGACGACGAGGACGGCGCCCCGCUGGGCCUGAGGCUGCACGUCCUGGACCUGUGGGUCGACGAGCUGGACAGGGAGAGGGCCCUGGGCCGGGACGAGGACGAGGACGACGACGACGACGCCGCGGCCGCGAGGGACAGGUGGGUGCGCGAGGUCGGCGACAUGGUGGACGCCCUGAGGGCCAGCCCCGUCAAGAGCGUGCGGAACAGGGCCUCGGAGAGCUAUGCCGACGAGAGGCUGCCUUGGGGGGCGAGGCGGAGUGACGACGAGGGGCACGGAGAAGUAGGCCUCGAGGAUGAGGCCUGGGAUGGUAUCGAGGACUGA